AUGGGAAGUAUCUGGGACUUCCAGAGAGCUUUGGACGGUCUCGCUAAGUCUAAGAAGGAAGGUGGAUUGGGUCUACGUGACAUUCAAAGCUUUAAUGACGCUUUACUAGCCAAAGUCAGCUGGCGGAUCCUUUUGAACCCUUCUUGUCUCGUCGCCAAAAUUCUCCUGGGGAAAUUAUGCAAAGAUCAACCCUUCUUGGAAACAAAAACAGUUGCAUCUGCAUCUCAUUGCUGGGGAAGUGUGAUCAUAGGCAAAGAUCUCCUUAAAUCUCAGCUUGGAAGAGCUUUUGGCAAUGGGAAAGACACUUCACUAUGGAAUGAUUCAUGGCUGUCCCUUAAUCAACCAGAGAAACCAAUGGGAUCUGCAACACUAUAA